AAAUAGAGAUAUAUUCAUAUUCCACUGUUUCUAGGUUUUUGGAUAGUUGGUGUGCAGUUUUUGUCGUUUUGAUGCACUCUGAACCUAUCAGAGUUUGUUAUAUUGCCAGAGAAUACUAUCCCUUAUUCUAAUCCAUAUAGUAUCCCCCACCUGCCAAAUAAUGCAGAAUAUCUCCUAUUUAAAGGAAGGAUCGAAUUGUACACUUCAAUAGGGAUACAAAGUGAUUCACAAUUAUACAUAAUACUUGCUGUUUGAGUUGGUUGAUGAAAGUGAAAUGCUUUGGUUCCCAACUCAUUAGGAUGAAUAGAAUUACUCACUAAUAGUGAUAUCAGUAUUGUUGAUGAUAAAGCUGAAAUCCAUAAGAAUGGACUCUAUGGGAAUGAGUAGUUGUCCAAUAUCAAGCUGUGAGACAUAUCUGGCUGAUUAUUUGUUGGAGGCAACAAUCAAACUAUUACUUUUCAGAUAUAUAUGUAUGUAUAUAGAAGAUAGACAUUGAUAUCUAUCUAUCUAUCUUCUUGAAUACCUUACUGAAGUUGUGCUAGUUGAAUGUAAUUGACGAAGAGAGCGUGAAUAUGAUUCCAAUCAAAGUCGCCCUCUAACCCCUGGCAACGAGUGUUUCUUGUUGCUCACAGGGGCAACUUGUAUCUCUGUUCUUCAUAUGAAUAAGGUCGAAAAAUAGGCUUAUUCACAUCGCACCAUUUAUCACCUCGCGUCCCAUCCCUUGUUAAAUAGAGAUUACCCAUGCAUUACUCCAUGCUCAUACAAGGUUCACCUAGUAAUGGUUCAUUCGAAUGAAUCAACCCUUCCAAGUUUAAGGAUCCUUACAUCACGUCCAUGACUGUGCUAUUCAAACCCAAUCAAGUAAAAUUCAGUAAUAUGGACACGAUCAAUAUGGUGACGAACUCCACUUUCACUCGUUUCAACCCAGUCACCACAUAUUUGCCAUGUGUCGAGUUUGCCAAUAACUUGUAUAGGUUCUUCUCCACAGUAGUGAUGAAUUUGGCUCUUUUCUCAUUCAACAGGUUCACAUAUUCGAAUAUGAAUGGAGCUUGUUUGAAGGGUGUUUAUGUCAAACCCUAUGAACGAAAUCAACCAAAGUAA